CCCGAACAGGGACCUGAGUGCGUGAGGCAUUUCGGAAGAUUUCAGGGAGGCAGACUCUCCUCGGUGGCUCCCGGAGCGCUUGGUUCGACAUUAUCAUGCCAUCACCAAUAAACACCCUGACUCGAAGAAUGCGUCGCCUGAGGCUCUCGCAAUCGACCACAGCACACCCCAACCGGUUCCCCCGGCGGACGAGAAGAAUGCGGCGACGGAGUAGGAGACAACUUGUCAGGGAGGCAAGGGGAGAUCGAAAUCAAAUUACUUGACUGUUUCUAGACGAGAAGAUUUAUCCACCUUUGUAUUUUGGUAUAAGGAUAACGUUCCCAUUCACAUGAAUGCUAGAGUAACUAAGCUUGCUUCUAAUACUUCGUUGGAUCAUUCUCUAUGCAUAUAUCGCUUGAGGAUUGAAGAUACUGGACAUUAUUUGUGUAUUGAAACUACCAUAGGUAAUCAAGGGACGUUAUUAGCUGGACAUCAAAUUACGGUCGUAAAGACUGUCACAGGACUACAAUUUCCUGCUUUUAUGGCUUCUGAAUUCCCGCAGUUUGAUUUUCCUGUUUGUAAUGAUACAUGGACUAAAGCCUCUGUCUGGUGUACUUUAGAUUAUGAUAAUGGCACCAUACUAGUUUCUUCUGUCCCCGUUAAUAAUAACAGCCUUGUUUUUUACAAGCAAUGGGAAUUCUGGAAACUUGCCUUAUCCUUUUCUUAUAGACCGGUGAUUACUUGCGUCGCUCCUCCUUAUGCUUUAUUGAUUGGAGAUUUAAUUGUAGAAAACACUAUGAAUCCUAUAGGUUAUAAUAUUACUUGUGUUAAUUGUAUCUUUAGUAGUUGUGUUUUGCCCGUUAAAGGAUCUACAUCUGUUAUGAUUAUGAAGCAACCUUCUUAUAUAAUGUUACCUGUUAAUUUGUCUGAACCAUGGUAUCAUAACACUGGCAUGCAAGCCUGGCUGGAAUUGACUGAAGCAUUAAAACGACCAAAGAGAUUUAUAGGUGUUCUAAUAUGUGCAAUCCUAGCCUUAGCAGCUUUAACUGCUACUGCGGCCACUGCUGGGAUUGCUCUUUCACAAACUAUUCACCAGGCUCAUUAUGUUAAUCAGUUAUCUAAAAAUACUAGUGUAGCAUUAGCCCUACAAAGUCAUAUUGAUACCCAACUAAAAACGGAAGUAGAUGAAUUAAAAAAUGUUCUAAUAGGAAUAGGGGAUCAAGUUAUGGCUUUAAAAUUAAAAAUGCAUUUGAUUUAUUUGUAA